CGCAGUGCGCAGCAAGGGUACGUCUACGUCUUUCUUUUCCGUUUGAUGGAGGAUUGACAAGUACAAGGUCUUCUGGGGGGCGCGUUUUCCCGUUGAGUGGCGGAGUUGUCCCCGCGAGCAACGUCGACCCGGCGCAGAGAUAUGGCGCCGAUGAAGCAGUCAGGCAGGAUCCCGCGAGAGGCCUUCAGUCACACCCCGUACGUGACGCGGCGCUAGAGGGCGCUGGUGCCGCCACUCCGAUGGCUGGUGGCGAAGUCCUCUCUGGCAGUGGAAGCAGACGGCCGGAAAAUGAUAUUCCGAAGCCAGGAUACGCCGGCACUAGCAAGCCAACGGGUGACUUCCUGGGCAGGAGCAUAUCGCCAAGAGACAUCCCAGCUGAUCCGUAUGGGUACCACAAGCCCGACGAACAGCCUGUGGAGGGAUAUUACCAUCACGUGCCUGGUCCACAUGCAACGGACAUUGCGAACGUGUUAGACCCCCAUGUACCUGGCGAGUAUCCCACAGAGGAUGGCGAAGAUCGGCACAAGGUUGGAUAUCCAGCAGCUGGGCUUGGCGCGGUUGGUUUAGGAGCUGCAGGCUACGAAGCAAAGAACGAGCAGUUUGGGCCUUCCACUACGACUAGAGGUGUCGAACCCAGCAGUCAGGGCUACCACGACACGACCACACAAGCCGUAUUCCCGGCCUCAGCUCAGACCGCCUCGAUGCAGCAACCUCAACAACAGUACGCUCGCGACGCAGCGGUCGCUGGAGGGGUCGGCGCGGCUGGUUUAGGAGCCGCAGGUUACGAGUCGAAGAAUGAUCGUUUUGAGCCUUCCGCUACGGCUGAAGCCGUGGUGCCAAGCAGUCAGGGCUACCACGACAGUACCACCAAGCCCGCAUUCCCGGCAGCAGCUGAGACGGCCCCGGUACAGCAACACCAGCAACACCAAGCUCGCGACGCAACUGUCGCUGGUGGCGUCGGCACUGCUGGUGUUGGUGCGUAUGAGACAACCAGGGAUCGCGGCGACACAGGGCCUGCGCCUAACACCGUGGGGCCGCAUUCAAGCGAUGUGUUGAACGUUCUCGAUCCCAGAGUACGACCUGAGCCGGAGAAAAUGAAGGACCAUACUACCGCAGGCCCUUACUCGAGCGACAUGGCAAACAAGGUCGACCCUCGUGUACAAUCAGACCCAGCGAAGGCGCAGUCAAACGAGUCACAUUUUGGCCGUGAUGCUGCCCUCGCUGGCGGUGCAGGAGCGGCCGGCGUCGGUGCGUACGAGGCGGAGAGGAGCCGGCAGGACACCGGGCCAGCCUCUAAGACGAUUGGGCCGCAUGACAGCAAUGUCGCCAAUGUUCUCGACCCUCGAGUCAAGCCGGAGCCAGAGAAGAUGAAGGAUCAGACAACCGCGGGACCAUACAGGAGCAACAUUGCAAACCGGGCAGACCCACGUGUUGAGCACCAGCCGACCAAGACGGCGGUCAAAGAGGCCAGGAAAGCCGAGACUCAUACCAGUCACAGCGCCGAAACCAGCAUGGCCACACCCAGCUCGGCAACAUCUGGUGAAGAUCCUCGCCCAGCCAAGCAGGAGCUCAUCGAUGCCAUCAACCGCAAUGAAGGGCACGAUAAGCAUGGACACAACGUGCUCCACAAGAGUGAGAAACAGCAACUAAAGCAUGAGCAUGACCUUGAGAAGGCUCGCGAGAGGGAAGCUGAGAUUGGUGGAGAUCGCGGGGAGCACAAGAAGGAGGGACUACUGUCAAAGAUUCUGCACCGAAGCUCUGGUGAACACCGGAGGUAGGGAGCGAAUCCAACGCACUGAGAACGCUCAUUGUGGCGGCGGUACCACGCCGCUGGUUUAC